UUGCCAACAGUUAAUUAUUUGUGAUGAGAAUAAAUGUUAGUUGGUGCUGCAUCAGUGCCCGCCACACAUGGUUAAUGUAACAGCUGCCACUGGCCCCUACGUGACUCGAACCCUUGCUUCAAUAAUACCUGGUAACGAGGGACUACUUCAUGGAGCACAGGUUCAAACGUGUCUGAGUCAAAAACAACGGGCAGGAGUCCAUGUUAUUCCACCGAAGCAUCCCCCGCUGGGAUCGUUUCCAUUCCCUCCCCUUCGGUCUACGCAGCCGCCCGGCUCUCUCCGGCGCGCCGCGGCAUCCAGCCGCGUCCACUGCGCGUCAGAGGCACCUUUGCGUCGGAGAGAGGUGGACCCUGACAGCCGGCAGCGCACACUCGCCGCAUCCCGACGCAAAAUUUAACGACAAAGGAAAGCCGUCACGAUGUAAACGCUCGACCGUUCAGCGGAGCUCCCGACUCACUCACGAGAGCCGACGUUGACUCCCGCUACUACAGAGAGGCAGAAGGCGACGAUGCGGCGAGCAGCGGGCGUGUGUCCCGAGCGCCGUGGAUGAGGAGAAAACAGGAGCUGAAUCCCGCCGUCCCCUCAGCCUCCCCGAACACAGCCACACGCUGCGGAUGAUGUGUUUUUACUCCCUGCCCUUCUCCAUACUCUCUCGGUUAAAGUCCACGGAACUGACCGCACGGACCCCGACAGACUAGACUUUUUAUUCGACCAAACGGAGGAGCCAGGAGAAUUCAAGAUGAAAUUUCCGACGGAGAAUCCAAGAAAACCAGGGAGCGCGAACCCCCCGCCAGUGGCCGUCCAGACCAACUUGGUGCUCCCCAAGAAGGUGCAGCCAGGCAUGCUUCAGUCUAGCCUGGUGCAGGCCAGCGUGGCCACCAUGCAGAACCCGAUGGGCUGUGCUCUGCCGCGGCUAUCCGUCACCACCCGCCCUCCCAGCAUGGUGGCCAGCAUGGAGGCUGUGGCGGAUGGCUCGGCCCCCUUCACCAUGAUGAAGUUGAAGACAGUGUUGGCGGUAUUUGUGGUGGUGGUCGCCUACCUUGUGGCAGGGGGCUUGGUGUUCCAGGCACUUGAGCAGCCCUUUGAAAACAACCAGAAGAUCACCAUAACAGCAGAGAAGGCAGCCUUCCUGCUGAAACACCCGUGUGUAUCUGCGGACGAGCUGGAGGCUAUCAUCAAGCAUUCAGUGGAGGCUGUGAAUGCUGGAGUGAGUCCUGUCGGCGACACAUCCUACAACUCAAGCCACUGGGAUCUCGGAAGUGCCUUCUUCUUUGCCGGAACUGUCAUCACGACCAUAGGGUAUGGUAACAUUGCCCCAAGCACAGAGGGCGGAAAGAUUUUCUGUAUUCUGUAUGCAAUAUUUGGCAUCCCACUGUUUGGGUUCCUCCUGGCAGGCGUUGGGGACCAGCUAGGUACCAUAUUUGUCAAAAGCAUCGCCAAGGUGGAGAAGAUGUUCAGGAAUAAACACAACCAGAUCAGUCAGACUAAAAUCCGCGUAGCCUCUACGCUCCUCUUCAUUUUGGCCGGCUGCAUCUUGUUUGUCACCAUCCCAGCUGUGAUCUUCAAACACAUCGAGGGCUGGACGGCUUUGGACUCCACAUAUUUCGUCGUCAUCACUCUGACAACAGUGGGAAUAGGUGACUAUGUGGCAGGGGGAGACCGGAGGAUUGACUACCGGAAGUGGUACAGACCUCUAGUGUGGUUCUGGAUCCUGGGUGGUCUGGCUUACUUUGCUGCAGUGCUGAAUAUGAUUGGUGACUGGCUGAGGGUGCUGUCCAAAAAGACAAAAGAAGAGGUUGGAGGAAUCAAGGCUCACGCAGCAGAGUGGAAAGCAAAUGUGCGAGCAGAGUUCCGGGAAACACGUCGACGUAUGAGCGUUGAGGUCCACGACAAGCUGCAGAGGGCUGCCACCAUCCGGAGCAUGGAGAGGAGGCAGCUGGGCCUGGACCAGCGUGCCGUGUCCCUUGAUAUGCUCUCCCCAGAGCGCCGCGCCAUCUUCAACAGCCUGGACACCAACAGCUAUAAGACCUCCUCACAGGAGAGCAUCGACACCAAGCUGAAUAACCUUCGGCUUCGUGGGGCCGAGCAGUGUGAGCGACGCUCCAACCACCAGACCACAUCCGAGGACAACAUCUUCAACCGCCUGGGCUCUGUCACCAAGCUGGCUAAGCGAAACAGGAACCGAGACCUGAAGAAAAACAUCCCAGCUGAGGCUCGAAGGCCUCACAGUGAAGCCUACGGCUGUAGCACGCCCACCUUCGACUACUGCAUACCCACUGCAGAAGAAGUGAAAAGGAAGGAGGGAGGAGAGGAUGACAAUGAAGACAAGGAGUGCAACACUAGCUUGUCUGAUUUCCCACUGUUUGUUGAGGUUUGCAAGCCACAGAAUGGGUUUAUUCCAGAGCAGACUAAAGAGAAUGAGAGUGAGAAAAUACUUGAGACAAAGGAGCUGGAUAUGCAGAUGGACCCAUAGACAGUGUUCUUCAAAAGAGGUUUUAAAUAGCACCAUUAGUGCCUUACUUUUCUUUAAUUCCUAUGUGUGCUUAAGCAGGGACAACACCUGUCUCGUUGUGGUAUAUACUGUAAUUUUCACAUAUUCACUGUGCCUAUGGAUCUGACUGACACACAUUGUGUUUUAUGGAUGCAUGACCUGGUAGGGUUUCUGCAAUUGUACUAUACCAAAUGGUGUUCAUAUUUUAAAAAAAAAGUUGUCAGCUAAAAGAUUAACAGCAUAGUUAUGUUUGGCAGCUUUGGCCACUAUUUCCCUCAGACAUGAUACGAUGUACUCAACUAAAGUAAUUGCUGAGAUCCAGGUACACAAUCUCCAUGAGGGAUGUUGGGGAAAGCAAAUGUUUUCCCUCAAUAUUCAGUUUUACCAAUUCCAAACUAAACUAGAUAUGUAGUGUUCAUUGAAUACCUCCUCUUUCUUGGUAGCAUAUAUUUAUGUUAACCAGCAACAAUGAACACUACUGCACGGGGCUCAUACGGGAUCAGUUUUGUAUUCUUUGCACAUCCUGCACAGAUCCCUGAUACACAAGAUGGGCUCUUUGUUUGAGUGACUCCAUCACCAAUUUGCAUCGGUGUGACAUCUGUUUUGAUGCACGAAACGUACUUUGUCCAUCUGCUUGGCCAAAUUUUACGCACAACCGUACAUGCCAACAAACGUUUAUGGACGCAUCCACCUCUGCAGACACUAGGGAUGUUAAUGACUAAUGGUUAAUCACCAUUAAGAAUUUAACCAAUUAAAAAAAAACGUAUUAAACGACAAUCAGAGAUGGGCAUACAUGUAUCAAGAAGUAUCUUACAGUGAAGGAUUACAGAUACUUGCUUUUCAGAUACAUCCAAAUGAAUUACAAAAUACUUGUAUGAGAAAAUGUAUUUAAUUGGAGUACAAGUAAUUUGUAAUUUUGAAAAUACAACGCAAAUUCUAUGCAAGCUGAUAUUAUUACAUUUUAGCCAUUUAGUAGCCUCAGCAUGGGCUGGAUUUUGUUUGGGACAGACAAAAGUCAUUAUUUUGCGUGAUUUGGUUUUUAAUCAUUCAAGUAACUUCAUGUUUAAUUUAUUUGUUCUUUUAACUCUCAAUGUAGCCUACUCUGUUUUUGCAUCAAACAUGGAUCAAGUUGGUGGUGACAUUUUUUUUUCUAGUGGAAUAAUGUCCAACAUAUUUAACAAAUGCAGCCUUUUGUCAAAAAAAUUACUUACUUACUAAUUUGCAUCCCGAGCGGACACCCAGUGUGGUAUUGGAAGAUCAGCAUGUGUGUCCGUUGUUCCUUCACAACUCCAUUUUGGAGUCUACCGGUCCCUUUACACAUCAAAACGAGUGUUCAUAAUUAAUGCAACAUGCUUCUGGUUUCUGCUUUUCACUCACUCAGUCACUUACAUUUGAAAACUGAUUGCUUAUUUGGAGACAAGACUCUGACACUGUUAACCAACCAUAUCAUGGUGUCAGUCAAAAUGCAGACCUGGUGAUGGCCCUUUAGAAAAAUCUGUGCGCAUGGGUCUGAACAUUAUUUUUGGAGGUUAUUACAUUGUACCUGUUCUGUAUGUCGUGUUUACUGUUCAUCCAAUUUGUAGCUGCUGGUUUUCUCUCUGGACCUGCAUCCUACUUGGUAAUGUUGAGGUUAUACAGCAAAAUGAAAAUACAGCGAAAUGAAAAUACAGAGAGAAAUAAUGUUGGAGCUAGUUUCACUUUUUGUAAGGCAUCAAAAGCAAUUAGGAGCCUAUCUCAACGAUACGGCGAUAGGUCCCUUCCAGGUUACAAAUCAGUAAGUAGUUCAGUAGCAAAGCUAACUGACCUGCUGAUGCUGAUGUGACAGAAAUACUCCACUCUAAUGUUAGACUGCCUUGGAGGAUAUCUAGAAAGACAUGUUUUAAUUUUUUUUUUUUUUUUUUUUUUAAUUUAUCGCCUUGUCAGACUUGUAGUAAACUGUCGUAGUGAUGUUGGUGCAGUCCCAGAUGUUAUUUUCAGAUUUUUACAACUAGACGAAAGUAAAGUCUGGACUGUCCAUCUAACGAGAAAGGGAGGCUAUUAGUCACAGUUCUCCUGCUGACAGUUUCAAAUGCUCUCCAGACUUUCCUGCUAGCAACUUCACAACAUAUUGGCAGAAAAGUUUGGAUUCACAUUGGUGUGAGAUUGGUGGCUACAUAAAAGCUAGAAAAAAAAAAUAACAGAAAAAUCUAAAAAAAACAACAACAAAAAAUGCAAUGGAUGCCCAACAUGGAAGUAUUUGAAAUGUGGUCGGACAUGCAAGUGGACCUCCAUCUUGGUGAUGUGGAGUGAGAACAAAAGAAAAAAGAAAUAAUAAAACAUCAAAAGAAUCACCCAAAGAAGCUGCUGUGGAAAAGAAGAGAAAGACUUGAGGGACGCUUGAUUUAAAUGUAACACUUACACUGCGUGUUUGUUGUCCUGCUGUCUUCAUGUUGCCUACUGAAACUGAAAAUGUGCAUUUAAAUGUAAAUGAAAACGAUUCAGAGCAUCCCACAUGUUGUCUGUGCAUGGUCCCUGAGCUACGCUGUUGUCUCAGUACAAUGUCCAAAAAUACUACCUAGACCAUGACCUCUGAACACCAUCUCAGGGCUUGUGUUAAUUUUCACCGCUCAUAUUGUCUAUCAAGUGAUGCAUUCACACUUUGAGAGAAUGAGGGAACUGUGACUGCAGCUAUGGAAAUGAAUGUCAACAGAAUGAAAGAAAAGCCAUAAUGCAAGUGGAUGGAGUAUUCAAUGCUGCACACGGACAACACUGAUGAAGUGAUGGAUGGGGAUUUGAGAUUAAGCGCACUGUGGUUACUGUGAGAUAUAUAUUGUGUACUUGCCUUCAUGACCCAAGCAUAUCCUGUCUGUGGAGAAACACAUAAACAUAUGGAUCACCUGAAAGUUCCUGAAGAGACAUUUCGGAGUUUGCUUGCGCAAGGUUUUCCAGUCCAAACUGAACAAAGUGCAGGGCGCCUGAACGGACCUUAGUUGGGACAAGCAAGUUGCAACCACUGCAGCGCACAUGCUUAAAAGGCUGAGAUCAGUCAAGCGAAUAUGCUCCGAAACACACAUUUCUGGAAGCCUUAAUACCUCUUUGAUGGAUUCUCAAGCUCAGCAUGAUGGCGCAAACAGAAAUGGAGAAAUAAGCUCUUGAGAACCAAACGUCAUGUGAAAAAAAAAAAAAAUGCAUUCUUGCAGAAAAAGGACUUUUUGAAUGGAGUUCUAUGCAGUUGGAGAGCCUUUGCAGCCAGCAUAUGGUGGCCAUUGGUGUUAAUACAUCUCAAGGCACUUUUGCAUCGGCCAGUGCUUUUAACCAUGGUGGUGGUGGUGACUUGAGCGUACGAGAUUUUUCCCACAGAGUACUAUACAUCAUCAUACUCACCGUCUGCCAUUGAGGAGAAAUACACCACACGCAUAAUAAAUGUGAACUGUGUCACUGAUUGUAUUCCAGUGAUAUUAUGAUGCUCGCUCUCACAUGUGCCCCCAAGCCUAAUGUCAAUGUGCUCACUAUCUGUGUACGCACACUAUCAGUCCUGUGCUUCACAUUACUAAGUAAAGCUCUAGGCUAGGUGUGAAUGCAACAAAAGCAAUGCCUACAUGUGUUUAUAAAACUACAAAAACUUCAAAGCAUAAAACCAAGACAUGGAACAAAAAAGGCAUGCUAUAUUGCAAAGCUAUGUUACAAUGUAUCUGGUGUUGAUUGUAUACUACCACAUGCUUCAGAGGAUGAUGCUUACCAUGUUUUUAUUUUUUAUUUAUUUAUUUUUUUUUUAACUGCCUGUGUUAAGAUGUACAAGGCAGCACAUGUUCUGUACUUGAACGUUGCUCACAAUAUCGCUCAUGCAACCAAUGCAUUAAAUGUUAUUGCCUUUUGGAAUUCACCGAAUUAAGUGCUAUUUCUGAG